CUUAGCAGGGAGGGGUGGAAUAUCCUCACUCUCUCCUUCUUGUUGCUUUGUCUCUUCUCUCUUUUUAUCAGUCCGAACCUUUCUGCUCUGCAUCUGCUUCCCAGUCAGACAAACGAAGGAGAGUCCUUCUGACCCGCCGUUGAUGAUGAAGUCCCAGCUGGUUUUUCCCGCCUCCAGCGCCGCUCUGCUCUGGCUGUGCUGCGGCCUGUGCCACUGCAGUCCUCUGUUCUACAACAUAUCUGUGGACGGCAGCGGCGACGAACCCGAGCUGGAGCUCAUUUUCCCCACCUCCUUCUCCACACGAGCGCCCGUCGAAGUCUCUGCUGCCACUCCUCCUCCCAGCCUCACCAACACCAUCACCACCACCAUGAUCCGCCUGAAAGACUUUGUCCUGAGCCGAGUGGUGGACUUCCUGCAGGAGAACCUGCUCAUCAUCAUCGUUGUUACCUCUCUUCUUAUUGUUUUGGUCUUCAUCAUUUGCUGUGCGUUCGCCAUGAGCCAUAAGCGCAAGCUGGAGGCUUACAAGCCCCUGCCCAGCCCGCCCAGGAAGUACGCCUCCAGUAAAACUGGAGCUCGCAAGAACUCUAGCGAGCUCCAGGAGAAACCGUACGCCGUGGACCACGUCAAGAGGGUCCACGUUCAGGGUCCGGCUUCCCCCAAGCAUCUGCGCGUGCCCUCCAAGGAGCUGGUGGGAGACAAGGGAAGAGACGUCAGGUCGUCGCCUCGACAGGAGGUCAGGAAGGUCAGAGACACAGAGGAAGUGGAAAAAAGGCGGGAGGAAGUGAAGUUCAAAGAACCAGUGAAGCAAAGGGAGGAGGUCCAGAAGAGCGCCAGCCCCAGCGCCAGCUCCAGUCACCCGGUCUGCACCUGCCACCUGAAAAAAUCCAACCACUAACACACAGCCGAGGCAAAACGGGCCAGAGUGUCACUCAGAAAGGAAUACGUUUAGGUGAAAUCACACAAGCUAUGAAAAGUCUUUACGUGCAAAAAAUCGGAAUAAAGUCCAACAAAAGACAGAAAGCUGAGUGUCUUACUGAGCGGGUCUGUAAUUCAUCCACAGCGCCUCAGCGGGUUUCAUUACCAGGAUUAAAGAAAAAACAAAACAAAAAAAAACCUCUAUACGUUUAUCUGAGGGAAAGGAAAAGCUGUGCAAUUUGUAAACAAUGCAAAUAGUGGGGAAAUCCUAAUGACAAGGAAGUGAAUGGAUACAAAAUGGGUGGAUAAUUAUGCACAUAAUGUGUAUGAAUUCAUGCACUCAGCAGCACCCUCCACAAUUACUGAUGCCUCUAGUUAAGAUGUGUGGAAGAUCUGUAAACUUGUCAAGCUUCGUUUUCCAAUAAUCCAGUGGCUGUGAUAUUUUUUGUUUCAGCUCCGUCUGCAGAUAUCGACACAUCUAGGAGCGUAACUUUUAUUUUAGCCAUUUCCUAACUAAUGAAGACCAAAACACAUCUGCCUUGCUUGAUCUUGAAGUAUAGAUAAGGCAAUGCUUCAAGUUUUACAGAUGCAAAUAACUAUAACACCUUUAGUUGUAUUUAAAAAUAUACUUUUAUUCCUUAUUCAUGAUCUCCCACCAUGGAAUAAAUUCUGCCAAAUGAAUGAAAUGGUUGAAUUUUUCUACAUUUUUCAGGUGAAAUGAUGCAUUUUGUAGAUGAAUUCAUUUAAGAGUUUCUACACAUCUUCACCACGGGGGUCAAUAAACAUGGAGUGCAGUGUAAUUACAGUACAUAUUUCACAUCAGGCUGAUGCUCCUCAAUACUUUGCUUCAUGAAACCACAUCACCAUUUAUUACUUAUAGGUCAUAAGGCAGACAUGAGUAACAAUGUCUGAUAUUUCUAAAUGUUAUUUGACGGGACUGUGAGUUUAAAAGAUCGUCGUGGCCAAGCACAGGUUUUUCAUGUGGGGAAAGUUUUACCCCAACCAGAAAAUCUCCGCUUUGUGUUUUAUUUUAAGAGCUUCAGAGCUGAACCAGCCUCUCAAAGCAGCGUCUUUGGUGACGUAAAUAAACACAUAAAUGCCAGUAAACAUGACUUGAUGAGCAACAAUUAUUCUUUUCUUUAUUAAUAUUAACUUUCAUAUUUACCUCUACUUUAGUGUUGUUAUAUGGUGUCUUGUUGUAUUUUAUUUCAGAACCCAGUCAGGAAACAAACAUGAAGAAUUUACAUUAAUUUUAUUUCAAAAAAUCUUUUAACUAAAAGAGAAAAAUAUUUUUAUUUUAUCCUUCAUAUUUUUGUGUAUCUGCAUUGCCACAUGGAGGGAUGAAAAAUAGUCAGAAAUUAGGGUUCGUUAUUUUAUAUUUAUAUAUUAACGUCUGUUUUUCUGUCUUACUGUAAAGAAUAAAAAAAUGAGUCAAAGUUAAGUGAUUAAAUGGAUUAUAUUUACACCGAGCAUCUAAACUUAGAUAAGUUUGUAUGUUUUGUAGGUUGUCAUUUUGUCAUGCUGAAACUUAUCCGAACCUCACACUGUCGUCCUCACACGUUGCUUUCUCUGUGACAUUCUACAAAAUGGCAGGUUUGUUUUGCUAAUGUUUAAUAAAACUAAAGAAGGA